AUGGCUAACUCUCACGGUUCCUGUAAGCUCUGCCAAUAUAUUGGCAACCCGAUAACGGCAAAGCCUCCAAAAUCACACACAAAGGGUUGUCCAACAGGUGUGCUGCUUGAGGCGGUUGAGCAAAAGCGGAUUUCAGCUGGUGGAGGAGCUCCGGUGAGGUACGAUGGUCGCGAGUUCUACUUACCCGCGAAAGAAAAUCCCCAGGACACAACCAACAAGCAAGGGGGGUAUGGCUUUCUCAGCGACAUCCAUCCUAAUUCUGGAUCUAAGGACUGUUUCAAUUUGAUCCGGCAGUGGGCGAAAAGGUGUGAUAAUGAGCACAAACACUCGGAUUGUAAAUCAGGUUUCGUAACAGAGCUUCCGAAAAGGGUAAUUGAUGUCGGGUCAUCUAACAAAGACGGAAAUGAUGUACGGUUAUAUGAGAGAAGCAAGAACGAGACCGCAGAAUAUAUUGCACUGAGCCAUUGUUGGGGGAAGGAUCCGAUAUUGACGACAACUUUGGAUACUUUAUCCACAUUUAAAGAGGAAAUCAGGUGGGAUAUUUUGCCGAAAACAUUUCAAGAUGCUAUUACUGUAACUCGAGAGCUUGGAAUCCGCUAUCUUUGGAGUAGGUAUCUUCUUCAUUGCAUCAAUUUCCUCAAGAGCUCAACUGACUCAUCACUUCCAGUUGACUCUCUGUGUAUUAUCCAAGACUCGGCCAGCGAUUGGGAGGAAGAGGCGCCCAAAAUGUGCGAUAUUUAUAGUAAUUCCUACAUCGCGAUCGCAGCUGCAAUAGCUGUGGAUGCGCAGGCUGGGUUUCUUCGCGAUCGCAAGAGCAAUAUUCUCCCAAAAGUACUUACGGGUAGCGGGCUGAGAUGCCGUGCAGAGGUUGAUCAUGUGAAUUGGCCAAGUCAAGAGCCCAUUCUCUCUCGAGCAUGGUGUUAUCAAGAGCGCCUUGUCCCACGACGCCUGCUAUCGUACCGAGUUGCUGAAGUGACAUGGGAAUGCAGAACAACGCACUGGUGCGAGUGUGGGCGUGCAGAGUCUUACUAUGGAACAGAUCGCAUCAUAUACGAACGGACCUUGAUGAAAGAGCCAUUAGAUAAAAAGAAGAUGUACGAUUAUUGGCAUCAAAAGCUCCUUGUUGACUACACCCAAUUGAGCCUUACACGAGAAUCUGACCGGCUGGCUGCAGUUUCUGCUCUGGCGUUUCAGUUUCAAGAGAGACUGAAAGUUGCUGGUAAAGAUGAUGUUUUCUUAGCUGGCUUUUGGAGGAGUCACUUACUUCAAGGUCUAGCUUGGAGGUGUCUUGGGAAACCUGGAAGGGGAAGGAAAGGAAUCGCAGAGACUGGCAUAGUCACCGAGCCCUAUCUUGCGCCCACUUGGAGUUGGGCUUCAAUUCAAGGUCCUAUCAACUUUGAGAAGCUGGCCAUGACAAAAGGAAACUCUUUUGGAGCUAUAGAUGUCAUAAACAUGCCGAAAGCGUUGGGGAAAUCGCCUGAAGAAAAUGGGUUGACGAUGAGAGGAAGAAUAUUUAAGGCGCAGAUCACCAUUGAAGACAGCUAUAUUCUAAGGCGUAAUGCACAAGCAACACAUUGGAUGGACUAUGUCGUUAUACGUGAGAUUCCGGAUGAUCACACGAUACCUCACUACCCGAUUUUCAUUCAAGGGCGCGAUCCAAUGGUCCCCACACCAGACGGCAAUUGUGUCAACGAAACCGCUAUUUUCUGGCCUGAUUGCCCUCUUGCCAUCAGGCUACAGAACGGAUUGAAAGUAGUUGAGAGAAGAAAUUCAUCUUCGGAAGCAAAUACUGGCAAAGUGGAUGUAUGGUGCUUUCUUCUAUACUCCAAUGGCCAGACGCUCGGGGCUUUGGUUCUGUCUAAAUCGAAUUCACGGCAAGAUUGUUUCGAGCGCGUUGGGUUCAUGGAGCUUUAUCACACUCAUCCGAUUUUUGGUGGCUUUGAUGAUGAUGAUGGUCCUACGACUGACUUGAGCAUGGCCCAUCUGGAUGAACAGGAGAUAACGAUAAUCUAG